AUGUCCUGCUACGACCUGUGCCUGCCCUCCUCCUGCGGUCCCCGGCCACUGGCCACCAGCUGCAACCAGCCCUGCCUCCGCCGCUGCGGGGACUCCACCGCCGUCAUCCAGCCUCCCACCGUCGUGAUCACCCUGCCCGGGCCCAUCCUCAGCUCCUACCCGCAGAACACCGCAGUGGGCUCCACGGCGUCGGCGGCGGUCGGGAGCUACCUGCGGUGCUGCGGGAUCCCCGUGUGCUCUGGCGGGGGCCGGGGGCUGGGGAAGGCGGGGUUGCUGUGCCUGGGCAGCGGGCUGUAG